AUGGAUCUAGGCGCCUGCCCAAAGUCGCACACGGACAGACUCAAGACCGAAUUUCUUGCUGCAAAGGAGAAGAACCCCAACGACCCGCGCUUUGAGCAGUUCCAACGCGAAUACGAAAGCAACAUCUUUGCGUUUGUGGAUGAAUGCGACAGAAGGAUAAAGACGGCUCACAGGAGACUCGAGAAAACGCCAGAAGAGAAUGCAAAGACGACCAACCUGAUGCGUGAAAUUGGAGAAAUCGAACUGGCUAUUCAAGGAGAGCAGGGCAAGGUCGAGGAGAGUAUGAAAGAACUAGCGGCCGUAGAAGCUCUCAAGGCAGAGAAGGCUGAUAAAGAGCGAGAACUCCAAAAUCUUACAGAGACGUCCGGCGCGUCUGGUCAUCAAAAGCUUCGUGUCUGCGAUGUCUGUGGGGCAUACUUGAGCGUCCUCGACAGCGAUCGGCGCCUUGCAGAUCAUUUCGGUGGCAAGCUACGACGAAUGUUGCAACAAUUCCGAGAUGAAAAGGAAAAGCGCCGCAACGCGCCACCACCCCCUAGUUUCAGUCAAUCGGGGUCUGGUCCAUCCCACUCUGGUCCUCCGCCUCCAUCGUUUGCUCCUGCGGGUGGAGUACCAACAGGACCUUCUGGCUCACGUAGCGGUGAUAGAGACAGGGAUCAUCGCCCACGGACGACUACCACCGGAGCGACAGAGACUAUCAUCGCAGCAGCGAUCAUAGAAGCGACCGUGACCGCGAUAGAGACCGGCCCAGACACGAAUCGAGUCGUUACGACGACAGAAGACGGGACAGAUCCCGCUCGCCGCGACGUAACAGAUAAUUCUUGUCCGAUACUGGUGAUGUACGUAAAUUUUCAUCUCAAUCCUGAACAUUCAGCAUGUACGCUAUAA